AUGAUCCUUUACCUCGUCCUGGACGUGUCUGCUGUCAGCUUUGGACUUAAACAGAGCAUGAGCGUUUUCAUGUACUAUACGAUUCGGGUCAGCAUGCCUACUACUCUCUGGCUGAACAUCUUCUACUGCACGCAGAUUGUCCCGGGUCAGAAUGCCUUUUUCUUGUGGUUCAAAAGGAACAUCCGGAUCAUCGUGUACUUGAUCAUCAUAUUCACAAAAAUCUAUUUCCUGUUCAAGUUUUUUGUAGAAUUCUUACUGAGCUACGGUCAGACUCCAGGCAUGUUUAAUGGCAACAGCACUACUAUAAGCAGCACAGGCAUUCUCAGUAGUGCGAAGGCUCUGUUUGAUGAGAUUCAGGAAUAUCUGGAUAUUGUGACAAUGGUACUGAUUUUUCUGGGUUUGACCACCGUGCUGAUAGUAAACGGCGCCACAGUGUGCUACCUGUACCGGCAUAUUAAGAAGAUGACUAAGAGUGGUAAAAACAUGAACUCUCAGGUCCUCCAAAACCAGGUUCGAGUCACCAUCACUGGCCUCAUACAAGGGCUCCUCUAUCUUCUCUGCACUGCAGGGCUGUUUAUGGAUUUGUGUUGCAUAUAUUAUGGAUAUAAAUGCAAUCAGAAUAUCCUCUGGACAAUAUUUACUGUCUACUCCCUGUCCACAACGUUAAACCUAGGAGUGGGACAGUCUCUGUUCAGGCAGCGGAUCGUGCAGCUGUGCCAAAAAGGCGAGACAUCAGAAUCAGAUUAG